UGAAAAAAUUCGAUACAUUGAUUCGGAUCGGAUGAUGUGUGUGUUGUGUGUAUCGCUGUUCCCUGGCAACAAGUGUCGUAACAACUUCCGUCCUUCGCAAGAUGGCACGAGUCUUUAAAGUGUAUACGUGUACGCUCUUUUAUUACAGAACCAAGUCUAAAAAAUAAGAUCUUUCUGGAUCCGGAUAUUCAGUUUGAACAAGUAUAAAUCGAGAAAAAUUGCACAUUCGAUAGUGAUCUGGCAUGUUGUUAACCAUACGAUUAAUGAAACUGUCAUUAGCCUAGACAGUUGAACAGGAUGGCAGGCAGAGCUUUUCGAGUUAAAGUACAGCUAGAUGUACACGCGGUAACAUGUCCUGGCGUUUGGCUGUGCCCCAAUGGUAAAGUGGCUCUGCGAAUCAAUGCUCUCGAUUCCUGUGCAGAAUCUCGCAGAAUAAGCCCGAUUUUUCCACUCUUGCUCCACGAGAAGUUUACCUUUGGUAAAAUCUUUGCUGGAAUAAUCUCCCUGACGGAAUUGCAAAGUACUUUGCAACAACAAUUUUUAUAUGCGGAAUUGAUACAGUGGGCGACCCCGGCUAGCCGAGGCAUCAUUUUGGCAACAUUUCAAACUAAUUUGAUAGAUUUAUUAUAUCCUGCGCCUUGCUUUAAAGGUUUAUUAGCAGGGGUGGACGUAGAUCUUUUGAUGGAACCAACUAAAUGCUUUCCCGGUAUCAUAGCACCGAAAAUCGAAGUCUCUACCAAAACGGUUGUCGAGGAAAUCCUGAACGUCCAUGACACAAGUAUGAGCAAAUGUUAUGUCAUCAAUCCAAAAACGAUUAACUCUAAGCAAUCGGUGUAUGGGCAAAGAAGAAGGCCAAUUAAAGGUAUUAUAAGGCAACGAAGAGUGUGUCACGUUAAAAGUAAACCAAGAUCCCAAAGUUGUCGACCAUACCGUCAAAGAUCGAGCGAUUCUCGUCAAUGUUCCUCGAACAUCAAUGUCGCCUGCCAGGAGACGGGAUCGCAAAUUGGUCAAUGUUAUCAUUCAAUAAGAAGUUCCAUAUGCCCUUGUCAACCAGAUUUUCCAAAGUCAGACGAACUCACCGUUACACAUGAUGGCAAUAAAAAUAAUCACGCUACUGACAAUUGUCCAGUUUGUUUCAAAUAUAAUUGUUAUUUUCCCAAAUGCUAUGACGAUUUUGAUAUAACCAAGAAAUAUGCCGACACUAAGCAAAGAUAUUGCAAAUAUUUGUCUGAUAUUAAUAAAGAAUAUGGCUGUAUUUGUAGAAACGAUGCAUUCGACAUGCAAGAAGAAGCGGCAAUGCCAUUAUUACAAGUAAAAAACGAAAAUCUUCAGAAAAUUAGAGAAAAAUGGUAUGCUACUGGAACGACGGACAAUAUGAGGGAGCAGAGAUGCGAACACAUACAAGAUUACUCAUCAGGCCAUAGAUUUUACAAGAAUUUAGAAAAAUUUUACAAAAGAAUGUAUAAGCAAGCAAAAAUGCGUGCGCAAGAGAUCGAUGAUUGAUGUGAAAAAUAUUGUAAUUAUUCAGAUCUUUUCAACACAAUUUUGAAUCUUUGUAUUGUAAAAUUUGCAAAUAGAUUGCUUAAUAUUUCCUACAUCAUAUAUUACAUACCAUAUAUAUUAAACAAAAUAAUCUUAAUAAAAAACAAAAAUAAUUUUAAUUGUGAUUAAGUAUUAAUUGACAUGUAAGUUAUGUACAAGUAUUAAUAGAACUUGUUCAAGUGUUAUCAGAUACUUUUGUGGAGAUACUGUAGUUGAUACAAACAUAGUGUGUGUGAGUGUAUAUUGUCUCUCCUUUGUCACAAAUUACAUUUUGUGAAAUAAAAGUAGAUGAAUAUA